AUGUCACAGGUGAAACCUCUAAAGAAGCCACCUGGUUUCAAAGGUCCUACAAUUCCAAUCCAAAUGCCACCCAAACCGCGAAAAAUUAACAUUCCACCUUCAUUCUAUCAGCAAAAGAAAAAACGAAGAAGUUGUUGUUGUUAUUGUUGUUGUUGCUGUUUGAUUAUACUAAUCUUGUUACUCUUUUUAGUAGCAGCUUGUGGUUUUCUUUACCUUUGGUUUAAUCCAAAACUCCCUGUUUUCCAUUUAAGAUCCCUUGAGUUUACUAAAUUCAAUGUCACUGAAAGCCAAGACGGGCCUAAAAUGAAUGCACAAUCGACACUUGUGGUGGAGUUAAAAAAUCCAAACAGGGAGUUAAAGAUUGUGUAUGGUGACACUAGAGUGGAAUUGAAAGGCGAAAACGACGUUAACAUGGGUGAAGGGAAAGUUUCUGGUUUUGUUCAAGAGAAGAAGAAUGUUAAAGUUGUCAAAUUCGUUAUGAAGACGUCGAAUGAGAUGUUGUAUGGGAAUAGUGUUGGGAAAGUUAUGAGUAUUGGAUUCAAGAACAAGAAUUUGAGAGUUUCUGCAGAUGUGAAUACUGAUAUUGGUAUUGGGUAUAAUGAGUGGAAGAGUUGGAAAAUUGGAGUUAGAGUUUCUUGUGGAUCUUUGAGGUUAAAGCAGAUUGAAAAUGGUGCUACACCUAAAUGUGGCAUUAACCUGUUUAACUGGUUUCAUUUAAAUUGAUUGAUUCAAGGCCUAUUCACACAUAUAUAACUGGGAAAAAGGAUUGAAGGCAUCGCUAUCGCCUUAGGAUGAGAAGAAUGAAAUACUAUUGUGUCUAAAUUCAUACAUAAGUUCAUAAUCUUAUACUCACCAUUUAGAUGUAAAAUCUUAUCUAAGUUAAUUUGAGAA